AAUGCGGAAGGGCGGGUUGAUCGACAUACCAGGCUUCUGAACUGAGCCCUGACUUGACAAGAUGAGACUUGAUGCCAGAGCUUAAUGAGAGAGAACUACUCUGGCCAAUGCGACGAGAGAUCGACUCAUGAACAGUCGUCCAUAAAGGUCAGUAGUCGAUGUGUAAGGAUAGUUCACCUUGAAUCUAUCGCUAUAGAACAACGGGCUAGCUGGAAGUGAACUGUUGCCAUUGAUACAUACUCUGAGAUGGUGUUAGUUGGGCAAUGUUAAACAAACUCAGGGGGGAUCACCUUUUCCAGCAAGAAGCGUGAGCUCAGAUCGACCCCUGUAGGUUUGUUUGUGGCAUGGACGCUGAUCGGUGCUGAUGAGUGUGCAGUUGAUAAGAUGCAGUGGCUAUGCGGUGCAAUGGCGGAGUAUGUAGAAAAUGGUAUUGGAGGCCAAGCGGGCCAAGAGACCAACAAAGACUCUCAGAGAACCACCCCGAUUGGACAUCGCACUGCAAAAGUCCACCACAUCCUUUCGAGUUAUACAUACAAUCGGCAAACGAUCAAACCGAUGGGUUCAUCCACUGGACUUCCUAUUACCCCUUCAACCAACUUGACUAUACUUAACAAGCCAUCGGCCGGCGGGACUCCCAAACUCACGAUAUGGUUUGACAUUGAUAACACCCUGUAUUCUCGACACUGUAAAAUUAACGAGUUCAUGAGCCAGAAGAUCCUGGCGUAUUUCCUGAAAUUGGGGCUGCCUCGAGAGCAGGCUCAAGAGCUACAUCAUCGAUAUUAUAAAGAAUACGGAUUGGCUAUUCGAGGAUUAAUCAGACACCAUUCAAUCGAUCCACUGGAUUACGACAAGAAUUGUGACCUGGCCAUCCCAUUGGAAGAGAUUCUAUCGCCGGAUCCGAAGUUGCGACAACUGUUGUUGGACAUUGACCGAUCAAAAGCCAGAGUUUGGUGUAUCACUAACGCUUACAAAACCCAUGCUUUACGAGUCCUGAAGAUUAUGAAUCUGUCUGAUUUGAUCGAAGGAGUCGUCUCCUGUGAUUACACCAACCUGAACUUUCACUGCAAGCCUGAAAAAGAAUAUUACCAGGAAGCGGUUGCCAGGUCAUUAGGCCAAGAACCGAGCCCCGAAAAUCUCGAACAGGCGGAUUUCUCGGACCAUCUGUUGGUCGAUGACGCGUUGAUCAAUAUCGUGGGUGCAAGCAAGAUCGGCUUUGGUUCAUCUGUCCAUUUCGAUGAAGACUCGAUCGAUGCUGUCACCGGCGCCCACUCAACAAAGAGCACAGACGGCACUCCAUUUGAAAGGAUUACUGCGCUAGAUCAACUUCGAAACCUAGACGUUUGGAAAGACUGCUUUGUGAACAAAUCAACUUGAUCCCUCUCUCUUGUGUUUUCUUUCCCUUUUGCUUAUCAUUCACUUGCUCCAUCCUCCUCCAUUGUUGUUGUCUUGUUAAGAUCCACUCUUGUUUUCUGCUAUCUGCCUUCUUGUUUUCUACUUGUUGUGUUUGCUGAUCCCCUUUUGAAACAA